CUGGGCAUGCGGAAUUGCAUUGUGGAGUAAAGGGGUGAAGCAUUGUGAGAGAGCGCUUUGUCCUUCAGUGAUGCCUUGAGAGGGUGGGAGGAUUCAAAGUUGGGUCUCAGGUGGCUGGUGGAGGCCCCGUGAGGGCAGCAGACGAAGGCACGGGUGCCGUGGGCGUGGUGGUGGGCGCAGCAGGUGGUGGCCAGUGUGUGCCAGGUGGACCUCGCGGUGUCAGCGGCCCCAGAGUCCCUGGUGGUUCGGGUGGUGCCUGUGACCCUGGCCAUCCCAGCAACCCCGGAGGCCUGAGCGAUCCGGAAAGAACCAGCAUUGUGGGAGAGGUAGGUGCCGCCUCUGGUGGCGCUCUCCAAAUGGAGCGGGCACCCUACACACCAGGUCCUGGUGGAGAUGCCGCACCUGGCGCUAGAGGUCCUGGUAACCGACUGCUUCAGUUCACCCUCACUAUACCUUUCCCCUCGGCCAUGGAUGCGGAGAUUGCCCACAGGUUCCUGACUCCAAACGAGGAGCUCCAGGAGCCAGUUCGGGAGGAGCUCCAUGUGAACGGCAGCAUCCUGACUGUCCGCUUGACUGCCGAUGACCCUGGCCAGCUCCACAUGUCCAUCACCUCCUGUCUUGGCCAGCUUUCCCUAGUGAUACGGACCAUGCAGAUCAUCAUGCCCCCCUUUUUCACAAAGCCGCAGCAGUGAAAAGGUGGCUGGACCCAACUCUGUGUCCCCCCAUAUGACAGUGAUUCCUGCAGCAGCUGCCGUUUUGUUACUGAGGCCGCAUCUUUUGCCUAUACUGGCCCUUGGGUGCUUCAGAUCCACAUUUUUUUUUUUUUUUUUUUUUUUUUUUUUGGUGAUCAAAUGGUAACUGCUACUAUUCUAUGUCUGGGUU